AUGGCGCCAUCGCCCAGGACCAGCAGCCGGCAAGAUGCGACCGCCCUGCCCAGCAUGUCCUCAACUUUUUGGGCGUUCAUGAUCCUGGCCAGCCUGCUCAUCGCCUACUGCAGUCAGCUGGCGGCCGGCACCUGUGAGAUUGUGACGCUGGACCGCGACAGCAGCCAGCCGCGGAGGACGAUCGCCCGGCAGACGGCUCGCUGCGCCUGCAGGAAGGGGCAGAUCGCGGGCACCACCAGAGCCAGGCCCGCCUGCGUGGACGCACGAAUUAUCCGAACAAAGCAGUGGUGUGACAUGCUCCCUUGUCUGGAGGGGGAAGGCUGUGACUUGUUGAUCAACCGGUCAGGCUGGACGUGCACGCAGCCCGGCGGGCGGAUAAAGACCACCACGUCUAGGUGAUGCCACAGGAGGACGAAAUAACACAUGAGGCCAUCCAAGCCCAGCUGACAACCAUCGUGAGCCCAGCCGAGAUCAGCAGAGGAAACAUCAGACAGAACAUGUGCUGGACACACGAGGGCCAUGGAUAAACAAGACUGUGUAAACCAGACAGCAGUGGGUUACUUUGGAAGUUCUGGGGGAGAAAAAUCAACCAUUCCAACUUAAAAUUCUAUGUCUAGUAGAGGUACACUUUGAAAACGAUGGCAAAUAAAGAUACUUGAAGAAAAAUUAAAACUGAGAGAAUGCACUGCUAAAAGACUCUUAUUUCAGGAAAUACUAAAGGAUGAGACAGGAAAGAAAGUACCCCAGGUGGAAGCUUGGAGGUUCAGGAAGGAACAAGGUCUACGGGAGGUGGGAUGCUGGUAAUGGUAGGAUGGUGAGGUUCGGCAACUCUUCCCAAGAAAACAACUACGCAACCUGAAUUCAAUUCCCCAGCACAACCCUUUGAAAGCACUGAAUAAAGGCAGGAAGAAAUGACGAAGAAUUUACUUUUGAAAGAGUGCUGCUGAUAAGGUAAGAACUGCAUUUUUGUGGCUUCCUUCCUGGGGCUGCUCCCCAAACCCCAGGUUUGGUGAUAGAAAACACAGCUUUGGCAUGUGAGGCAGCAGGUGACAUAGCUCGGGGCAGCAGGGCAGCAGGGAAUGUAAGGAGGACCUUUGUGAGCAAAGAGCACCAAUGGGUCUAGAUCCAAAGCUGAGCAUCAGGUUUGCCCGAGCCCCUGGCUGACCACUAAGCAACACAGGACCAUGGGGCAGAAACUGGAGACAUUAUUUGUGAUGAUGUGUUUAGGAAGGCCAUGACUUUGACCGAGGACAUUCCCCAACCUGCACGGUCCAGGCCACCGAGAGAGGAGCGUCUCCGGCUUGAGGCGUCAGAAGGAGGAACACAGGGUGGCCAAGGAAGACAGACACCAGAGACCCAGAAAGUGGGCAAGCCCCCAAACCUGAGUAUGAACUCUGCCCAAAUCCUCAGGUGAGCGCUAGACCACAUAGGUGUAGGAUGCACACAUGGAGUCAGGAGAAAAAUAAGCACAGCUGGAAACCAAAACAACACAAAACAAAGCCCUAAGCAGAAACAUCAGCUGCUCCACACUUUGGGGAAGACAGAUUUCACAGUUUCUGAGGGCAAGCAAAAUAAUUGCCAACUGUAACAAAAACCAACAACCCUCAGAAAAACAGCAGACAUUUCGGAGUGCCCACAACAUACUAUUUACAGCAAGCUUUCCACCAAGAUUUAUCAGGCAUGCAAAGGAGCAGGAAUGUGUGAUGUGUACUCAGGAAAAAAUUCAGAUGUAGGAACCAACUCGGAGCCAGCCCUGCUGCUGGAUUUAGCAAGACUUCCAAGUAAUUCUUAUAAAGAUGUCCAAAUAAUUAAAAGACAAUGUGGUAUUAAGGAGUAAAUAGAUAGAGAAUUUCAACAAAGAAAUUAAGACAACAGAAUAGCAGUUCUACAGGAGGAAAGUACAAUAUCAGGAAAUAAAUCGAAAAAUUGACCAGAUAGGCUCAACAGAAGACUGCAGCCAGCAGAGGAGAAAGCUGGUGAGUCUGAAGAGAGACCGGUAAAGUGACCCAACCUGAAAAAUGGACAGAAAUGAUGGAAGAAAGUUGUAAAAGCUUCAGAGACCUUUUGGGACAAUAUGAACCUGCCCAGUAUCGGUGGAAAUUAGGUCCCUGGAAUGAGAGAAGAGAAAAUGUGGAGUAGAAACAGCAUUUGUAGGAACGAUGGCCCAGACUUCCCAAAUCUGGUGAAAACAUUAACAUACAGAUCCAUCAGAUCAACAACCCAAAGUGAAAUAAACACAAGAAACCACAGCAAGGCAUAUGGUGUUCAAACCUCUGAAAGACAAAGACAAAGAGACAUCCUUGAAAACAGUAAGAGAAAAUGGCGCAUUUCAUGGAGGGUACAGUGAUGUGACUAAUGGCUGAUGUCCCAACAGAAACCAGUGAGGCCAUUGACAGAGGAAUGGAUAAAGAAGUUGUGGUACAUAUAUACAAUGGAAUACU